UCCUCAACAUGAUGCUGCAGGCAGUUCUACUCGCCAGUCUGGCGAUUGUGGCCCAUGGUACCAUCUGCUGUGCUCCUCUGCAAUGGGAAGCUUUCAAAGACUUCACAAUUAUCGAUCCCUCAGGUGGACAACGUAGCCGGCAAUACUAUAGCUAUGACGCAUACAACGAGAGGUACGCCUUCAGCAGCAACUUCACUGAUUCUGUCAGCACCUACAAGGAAAUCUGGGACUACCGCCAGGGAACCGGCUGCCGCAUCUACAGUGACAAGCAAACGUGCGAGAUAUUCCCCGUGACUGGGAGAUUCCCGGCCAACUGCAUUCCUGGUGGCGCUGUCGAUCAGGGUCCUACCACCUACGGCUUUGGCACGGACAGCCUUAAUACGAUAGGAUACAUAUUCAGUGACACGAACAACGAAACGGUCACCCUUGCUACUGUGUCCCGCCAGGACUGCGUGCCAGUUGUUACUACAACCACUUUCAAACGUGCCGGAAGUUACUAUUCGUAUGGCCUGAACUACAACAACAUCUCCCCCGGCAUCAGGGACGCCACCGUCUUCGACCCCCCAUCCUACUGUAGAAGGAGCGUCAUGAAAGAGGUCAACAGUUUAUACAAGUCCCUCCGUGCCCCGCCUACGUUCUAAUAUGAUGUUGGAAACUCGUUCGUCGGCCAAGAAAAGAAAUCAGUGUAAACGCGCAAUUGAAAUAAAACUUUCAAGUCAUGAUCAGUUCAUCUCAA